AUGGAUCUCAAUAAAACCGAGGAUGUGAUACAGAAAUUAGAAAGCCUCCACCAGCAGCCUCAUGUGUGGCAUUUUCUACUUUUACUCCCGAGACUACGUACAAACAACAUUCACUGGGAAGAUGGCAUGCCUGUUGUAGUCCACUUUCUCCAUGCAAUUUUGAAUUCCUUAACAUCCCUAGAAGAUUUAGAUUGGGAAAUACAGUGGGAGAAAAAGUCAGUAUACCACCUGUCCCUGCAGAAUAUGGUGUGGGAUCCACAGAAAGUCCGGUCUGAUCUCCAGUCCCAGUUUGGUUUCGAUGAUCUUCACACAGAACAAAUCCUGAAUUAUUCAGCGGAACUAAAGGAGAUUCCCACAGAGAGCUCACUGGAGAGGAUGGUGUGUUCAGUCUUGUCCAGCACAUCAGAGGACGAAGCUGAGAGAGAGGGCCACCAUGGAGACUGUCACCCCAAGUGGUCAGAAGCCAAAAACUAUCUUGUCCAUGAAGUCAGCUGGCUGCGCAUCUACAAACAGGUGUUUGACCAGUGGCUACAGGGUAGCCUGCUUCAGAAGGUACUCACAGACAUGGCCCGUGGUCUGGAGGCUCUCAGGGGUCAGUUUGAAGACAAGAGCAAGCUGUGGAAGGUGGUGGAAGCUUUGCACACUGGGCUGGUCCUCUUGAAUGAUAGCCUCACAGCAGCUGGCCCAGAGGACAACCACACAUCUCCAAAGAUAUUACGACAUCUGCGGAAAUUGCAGAGCGUGCUGCAAAACCUGCCCCAGUGGCCGGCUCUAAAGAGGUUGCUCCAGCUUGAUGGUGCUCUCAGGAAUGCAAUAGCCCAGCAUUUACAUUUUGUCCAAGAAAUCUUCAUUCACUUGGAGAUGUCAGCUGAUUCUAGAUGGUUUGGACCUGACCGAUUGAAACUGGAAAAGGAUGUGUUCUUUUGGGAGUUAAAGCAGAUGUUGUCAAAGAAUGCCACUGAUAUCUGCUUAAACGGAUGCUUGUCUGAGAAGGAAACCCUCCUGGCCCCUGGAAACUCCAGCAUCUGGGGUGGCCUCAGGGGACUGUUGUGCCAUCACAACUCCUCCAAUGAUACCGGAGUUUUAAACAAGCUGCUUGGUUUAGUAGAGGAUGCUGAUCAUAUUUUGCAAGCGGUCAUUGCUGGGCACACAAAUAUGCCAGUUUCAGUACCGGGAGGAUAUUUGGGCUGGCAGGAACUCGAGAUGCAGCUGUCAGAAGCAAGCCUGUCCUGUACUCGGCUCUUCCGGCUGCCAGGAGCUGAAGGCUCACCUGGGAAUGGGAAUUUUUCUGGUGUCUGUGAACACCAGCUUGUCUCCACGGUGAUAUUUCACAUACUUGAAAAAGUACAGUCUUCCCUGGAACAAACACCCUACUGGAAAGCCUUCAUAAGGUUUAUCAGGAAGACUUGUGAAGUCGUUCAGUAUGUGAAUAUGCAAGGAUGUUUCCAGAAUAGUCUGUUUGCUUUCUCUGAGGAAUCUCCUUGUUAUAAAGAAAACAUGGAUUGGAAAAUCAUCAGUGAUAAUUAUUUUACAUUUCUGAAUAACUUACUGAAAUCUCCAAGACUUUCCAUAUCUAGGGCCUUAAAUUUCACAAAGCACCUUCUAAUGAUGGAAAAGAAGUUGCAUAGCCUUGAGGAUGAACAAAUGACAUUUCUUUUAUCAUUUGUUGGAUUUUUGGAGAAAUUAUUAUUGCCUAAUCCUUUUGAUACAUCCAGUGUUCUCAAAUUCCAUAACCUCCCAUCUCUCACCGAGAAUAUUCUAAAUAUAAGUACUUUGUGGAUAAGUCACGUAAAAAGUUUAGAGAAAGACGCAUCUGCUAUUGAUAUUCAGAAACUUUUGGAAUUUGGCAAAGAGGUGAUUGAAGAAAUGCAGACUUUUGAAAGUCACUGGAUGCAGAAGAAAUCAAGAAAUAUUUUGAGAUUCAUGGAAUUAAUACUUUUUGAAAUUAAUCCCAAGCUACUAGAAUUAUGGGUCUAUGGCAUUUCAAAAGAAGAAAGAGCUAAAUUGGGAAAGUUGGCUACACUUUUAAAUUCUUCUGUUCUGGAAAAUGAUAAAAUUCUUAGUAAAAGCUUUAACUUUUCCCAGUUGUUCCGUUCAGAUUUGCCUAAAUCUCCAGCUAUGAAUAUGGAUUUUGUACCUUUAAGUGAAACUAUAAUAAAUAAUCUCUAUGAAUUUGGAUUUCUGAAGCAGGAACAAGCCUCAGAAGCUCUAGAUAUAGUCUAUGCUAUAAGAAAUGCAUCUGACCUUUUCUCAGCCCUUUCUGAACCUCAAAAACAAGAAGUUGAUAAAAUUUUGACCCAUGUAUACCUAAAUGUCUUCAAGGACAAGGAUUCAGCUUUACUUCUGCAAAUUUAUUCUUCAUUUUACCAGUAUGUUUAUAAAUUCCUGAGCAUUCAGAAUAGAGAGCCUUUACUAACUUUCGUUACACAAAUCUCAAAACUCAUUUUGGAUAUCAUAAAGCAAUUUAAUUUUCAAAACAUCAGUAAAGCAUUUGCAUUUUUAUCUGAGACAGUAAGGGUUCUUGGGGGAAUUUCUGAAGUAUCUUAUUGUCAGCAAUUGCUUUCAAUUUUUAACUAUUUGGAACUUCAAGUCCAAUCCCUAAUGUCUACAGAGAGCCACGAAUUUGAAGUGAUCCAUGCUACUCUGACAGGCCUCAAACAGCUGCUCAUAGUAGAUGAGGAUUUUCGCAUUUCUUUAUUUCAGUAUAUGAGCCAACUCUUCAAUGGUUCAUCAGAAGCCCUGUUGGGUGAUGAAUGCUUUGUUUUGAAUAGUAAAUACAUCUCUUCUGUGAAUUAUUCAACUGAUGAGAGGUCUUCAUUUAUUCUUCCACGGGCACAAAUUUUUUCAAACCUCUCAGCAAAUGUCAGCAUAUUCAACGAGUUUAUGGCCGUUCACUGUACUGUUUCAUGGCUUCAAAUGUGGACUGAAAUCUGGGGAAGCAUAGCUCAGAUAUUUAAGUUUGACAUGAAUGUCUUCACUCCUCUUCAUGUUGGUCUCACUCAGCUUUUGGAUGAAUUGGAAAAUGAUGUGAAAAUUUUUAAAAGCUGCCAGGAAAUAUUUCCUGCCCAUCAUGCUGCUAGACUCAUAUUAAACUUGUUUAAAAAUGUAACUCAACCUGUUGACUUCCAUAAUUGGGAUGAUUUUCUGUAUCUCAGGGAUCUUUUAGUAGCACUAGGCAAUGCAUCAGUUACAGCAAAAUCUCUUAACCUGGACCAAGUAGAGAAAUCCCUUUUUACCAUGGAAACUGCCCUGCAUCAGCUGAAGAUAUUUCCAUUAAACACAAAUACGAGCAGAGAGUUUUUAUAUUCUCUGUUUGAAGUUUUCAUUGCAUUGAGCAAUACCUCAGAAUACAUAGAUAGAAAUGUUCAUCUGGUAAAUCAUUUCUCAAAUAAUCUCACAAAUUAUGGAGAGCAAUUCGAAAGUAUCAUCACUGAGCUAAGAGAAACAAUAUUAUUUCUUAGAAAUGUGUCACAUGAUCCCGCUUUAUUAUCAUGUGUUGAUGUUUUCAAGAAUGUUACUGAAUUUAUUUUAGAAGAUGGGUUAUUGUAUAUAAAUACUUCACAGAGGACAUUGCACAUUCUGGCCAUCUUAAAUUCCGCGUUUUCCUCUGAGAACACAAUUAGCAGACUGAAAGGCUGCAUUGCAUGGGUGGAUGUCAUAAACAAUCUGUACACAAUGUAUAACUCAAGUUUCUCAAAAGGCCAUCUUCAGAGUAUUCUGGGGAGUUUCAGGGAUAAGGAAAAUGAAAUGAACUCUACAUUGAAAAUCAUGACUUGGGUGUUAAAUAUAAAAGGACCUCUUUGUUCGUUGAAUGAGUCAAAUAUACAUUGUGUAAAUAUUUACUUGAAAGACAUAACAGACUUUCUAAAUAUUAUACUUAGUACAGUCUUUGAAAAAGAGAAGGUGUCAAAAUUUGAGAUUUUAUUAGCUUUAUUAAAUGAUUCCACAAACCAAGUAAGGAUGAUUAUCAACAACUUAACAAGAGACUUUGAUUUUGCAUCUCAAUCCAACUGGAAACACUUUCCGGAGUUAAUUCUAAAAUCCAUAGAAAUGCCAGACGAAAUUCCUAACCAGUUUCAAAAUAUUUGGCUGCAUUUAAUAGCGCUAGGGAAGGAAAUUCAGAAACUUCUGAAAGGUAUUUUUCCUAACAUCCUGGAAAAUAAUUCCUCUUCUAAAACUGAAGAGUUUUUUAGUAUGCUUGCCACCAGUCCAAAGGAAAAAGACGUAAGCAAUUUAGGCAAUUCAAUUUAUCAUUUAGCUAAUUACCUUGCUCUCAACUUAUCUCAUGAUCUCCAAAAUUCACCCAAAAUAAUUCUAGAUGAAAUAAUGAAAGCUGUGGGCCUUGGUAUUCAAUUGAUGAAGGAUGCAUUCACGUCUUUAAUGCCCACAGUUUAUCACAAUAUUCCACAAAAUACAGGCCAUAUCCAAAUUCUAAAGAAGGUAACUUCUCUCAUGCACACUCUCAGACAGGCAGACAUAGACCUUUUAGUAGAUCAGCUUGAACAAAUUAGUGAAAGCCUAAUGGAUUUCUUUAAGAAUAUCAGUGGAGUAGGUACUGGCAAGUUAGGCCUCAACUUGUUUGUUGGCUUGAUGGAGAAAGUUGUAGACAGCUCACAUUCUUGGAAUGUGAAUCACCUGCUGCAGCUCUCACGCCUGUUGCCUAAAGAUGAUGUGAAUGCUGUGGUGGAUAUGUACUAUGUGCUUCCUCAGGCUGUGAGGUUCCUGCAGAGAGCAGUUGAUAAAAACAUCACAGAGGCCCUCAAAGAUGUCUACAACUUCACACUCCUUCAUGGCAUAAGCAUUUCAAAGAUCACCAAGGAGGACUUUGCUGUUGUGAUAAAAACUCUUUUGGAUACAAUUGAAUUAAUAUCAGAUAAACCAGGUGUCAUUUCAGAGGCUUUAACUUGUCUUCCUAUGGUUUGGUGCUGGAACCAUACAACUUCUGGAUUCCAGGAGAAUUCAAAGUUGGAAGCCUGUGAUGUCCACAGGUUCAUGUCUUCUUCCUUUUAUAGCAAAGUUACCAAUAUACUUGACCACCUCCACCUGUCUCCACCAGGUAACAAUUCAAGAUGUUCAAAUGAAAGCUUACUAAUGGAAAUAACUAGGACAGUGGUCUGUGUAAUUCAUGAAUUAGUGGACUGGAAUUCCAUUCUUCUAGAGCUGUCUGAAGUCUUCCAUGUUAGAACCUCCCUUGUGAAAACUGUGCAAGAAUUUUGGCAUAAGAUGCUACCAUUUAUCCAACUUUCUGGAAGUCAAAGUAAUGACAGUAUCUCUGAAGUUUGUCCUCAUGGUCCUAUAAAACAAGUUGCUUUGCAAAUCAUAGAAAAACUAAAAAAUGUCAAUGUUACAAAAAUUACAUCAGGUGAAAACAUUCUUGACAAGCUAUCUAGUUUAAACAAGAUCCGUGAUGUUAUUGAAGGCACAGAAACAUCUGCUCAAAAUAAUAUUUCCUUAAAUUUGGAAAGGAUAUUAAAAUCAAUUUCUGGGGAUUGGAGCCUAGAAAAUAGUACUCAUCUACUCUCUCCAUUCAUGAAGCUUGUGAAUGCAAAUCUUACAGGUGGUUUAGAAGCAUUAUCAAGUUUUACUAAAAAAAGUGAAGCAACUUACAACUCUGAAGAUCAAUGGCUUGAUUUUGAACAAACUGUGAAAGACCUAACCCAUGACUUUAUUGUCAAGAACCUGAUCUCUGAAAUUAACAAAGAAAUUCAAAGUGUAAAUUUGGUGGCUCUUCAAAACAUAUCUUUGCAACUUUCUGAUUUUCUGGAAAUCCUGAAUGCAUCAUCACUGAAGAUGUUAGAAAUUAUUGAAGAUUUUCUACUGGUUACAAAAAACUGGCUUUGUGAAUAUGCAAAUGAAGAUUACUUCAGAAUGAUACAAACAUUAUUUGUUCUUAUGACCAAUGAGAGUUCAACCGAUGAUAUAGCUUUGUUGACUAAAGAUAUUACUAGUUUUUUGGGCUAUCUAAAAAAUAUUUCUACAGAAGGCCAUUUUGAUGUUGCCUUUCUUACUCAUUUGCUAAAUCGAGAACAGAUAACUAAUUUCUCAGUUGUUCAGUUGCCUUUUGAAAGCAUCCUAAUUAAUUCGAUCAAUAAGUUAGCUAGGAAUUUUCAAGCAGCAGGCCCAAAUUUAAGUGAUACUGACCUUCACAUAAUGAAUUUCAUUAACCUCACCUUGAAUCAUAUACGAUCAGAAAGUGAUGGGAAAACAAUUUGCCCUCCAAGAAGCAUAGUGGAUUUCAUGAAACCACUUUUGAAAGCAGUCUUCUCCCUUUUACUAAAGGAAAAUUCUGAGAGCAAAAUCGCUCUUCUGCUAAAAGACUUUCACAAAGAUGUUAUUGCAGAGAUGAGUUUUGUACCAGAAGAUAAAAUUCUAGAAAUUCUGAAACUGGACCAAUUUCUUAUCUUGAUGAAAGAAGACAGAUUGAUGAGCAUUUUCUCAAGUGUAAAGGAGACCAUAUAUCAUCUAAUCAAAAGCUCAUUUAUAUUAGAUGGAGAAUUUUCUUUUGAUGGUCAUCGAGGACUGGAGUUCCUGGGAGAUUUAUUCAAUGCCCUUCUAAGGGAAACUUCAGUGAAAAAUAAGACUGAAAAUAACUUGGACUUCCUUACAGUGGUGAGUCAGUUGCUUUUCCCUGUAAAUAGUUCUGAAGACCUCUUCAGACUCAACCACGAUCUUAGGUCAGCACUUGAACUAGUGAGAGAAAUUUCAACAGAGAUGGCAAGUCUUAUGGAUACUCUUUUAAACUCUCCUUAUAAGCACUUCCAUACCUUGUAUCCUACACUCCAGAAAGUUAUCCUUGCUAAACUAACUGAUUUGCUUUCCCUCAUAAAUAAUUUAUUCCCUCUGAGAAACAGAGCAAUAUCACAAAUUACUGAGAGAUUACUUGGUGUUAUUUCAAGAGCCGGUGAGGAAAGUCAUGUUCCAGAACCCUUUUUAGAAGUGUCUAGGACUCUGAGCAUGCUCUUGAGUGACAGUGCUGAACUGAGGAGCCUUGUUACGUCAGUGGACUCCACUGUGAAACUUCUUAAGCUAGCCAAGAAAGUUGCAGGGAAUGUGGCCACAAUUUUUGAAAGUCACUUCAUCUCUAAUGCCAAGGACACUAUGAAAUUCUUUGACACUCUCUAUUCCAUUAUACAGCAAAAUGUUCAACAUCUUGUGAAGGAAAUAACUACUUUGAAAAAAGACUAUUUUAUGUUUGAUAAGGCAGAUGAUUUGUUGAUGCCAUUUCUUGACUUGGCCUUUGGGAUGUUUAGAGUCAGACCUAAUAUUUCCCAAGAAUCUGAUGUUUUCAGUAUGUCAUCCAGCAUACUCUCAUAUGUGAAACAGUCCAAGGACUUUUCUGAUACUUUGGAUGAAAUUGCUGAAUUUUUAACUUCUGUGGAAAUCAACUUGGGAGAUGUGGAACAUCUUGUGGUAACAAUUAACAAUGGAACUCAGAUAUUUUCUAUGGAUUCUAUGAACAUAUGGGAAGAAAUUCUGGAUUGCUUAGUUCCUAUAAAUAACAUGACCACCCAAAUGGACUUCUUACACCCUAAUCCAAUUUCCACUCAUGGUUCUCAAGAUACAAAAUGGGACAGAAUUCAUGAGCUGAUCAUUUUUUGGGGUAAAAUGUUAUUACAAAACAGCACAGAAAUAGGGACUUACUUGCAAAUGGUGAGUGACCUCACCUUAGAAGCUCUUUGGAAUAGCGUAAAGAAGGAUGAUUGGAAUGUUUUUAAUCUUUUGCUGACAUUUGUUCAGCCUCCAAAUAACCUUUUGAAAACCAUAGAAACAGUUGUAGAGGCCUCCAGUGGAAUUAAAAGUGACUAUGGAGGUGAUUUGAAUAAAGGUUUAUUUUUUGAUAUGUCUUUGAUUCAGAAUGUAACUCAUCGUGAACUUGAAAAAACAGUCCAGAUGAUGUUAAGUAAAAUAGGUCUCCUGAAGAAAGGGCUUCUCCCAAACAACUCUCAGUGGAUAAAUACUGUAAGAACUUUGUUUCAGUCACUUUUUGAGAUUUUUAUCGAUACAACUGGAAUGAAAGUCACAUCAGAAAAAGAAGAGAGGACCAAGAAAGAGAUAACUGAUUUUCCUUUUAGCUUCAAACCAUUAUCAUCUUUUGAGAAACACCUGAGGGGAUUAUUUGUAUUGACUGAAUACUGGCAAAAAGUCCUGCUGACAGAUCAAAGUGUUGUUGAAAUGUGUCAAGUUUUCCAGCAGCCUAUGAAGCCCUUGGAGGCCAUUGAGACGCUGCAGAAAGUGGAGAUGAUGGUUUUGCAGGUGCUCGUCAUCUUUGCAGAACACCCUGCCUUGACUAAGGACAUUUUGUGUGCCACUCUGAGUUGCAAGCAAGGCGGGAUAAAGCGUCUCAUUUUAUCUGCUAUUCAUGGGGUCACUUUGGUGCAUGGCCACUACCAGGAAAUCGAAAAGAUGUGGUUCUUGCCCAGUCAGCUAAAUUGUGAAAGUCUUAGCAGGAAUCUUUCUAGCACCUUGGAGAGCUUCAAGAGCAACUUGGAAAAUGCCACGGAGCAGGACUGCUCCUGUCAGCCUGUGCCGGAAGCUGCUCAGCAGCGCAUGCUCAUGGACGCUCAAAACCUUGAGGAGACUUGGUCAUCAGGGAAUCCCAUUAUGACUUUUCUCAGUAAUCUCACAGUAACUCAGGAUGUAAAAGUAAAAGAUUUGUUUAAGAACAUCACCAAGUUAACUGAAGAGCUUCGAUCUUCUGUCCACAUCUCAGAUGAAACUAUCCAUAGUAUUUUGGAAGCAGAUAUCUCCCAUUCAAAGACUCUGAUACCUUCAGAAGCAAAUGGCUUGCUCAGCUCCCUGUUAGAUGUCAUUUCCAGCCUCAGCUCCUUACUUGCCAAAGCCCAGCAUGUCUUUGAAUACCUUCCAGAAUUUCUUCACACAUUGAAAAUUACUGCCUUUCUAGAUAGUCCGGACUUUCAACAGGUUUCACAAAAUGUCCAGGCCAAAAGUUCAGCCUUUGGUUCUUUUCAGUCUGUGAUGAAGAUGUUUUGCAAGGACCAAGCAUCAUUCCUUAGCAAUUCUAAUAUGUUCGUUAAUUUGCCCAGAGUUAAUGAACUCUUGGAAGAUGACAAAGAAAAAUUCAACAUUCCUGAAAAUUCAACACCAUUUUGCUUGAAGCUUUAUCAGGAAAUCCUACAGUCUCCAAAUGGUGCUUUGGUGUGGUCCUUCCUAAAACCUAUAUUACAUGGAAAAAUACUGUAUACACCAGACACUCCAGAGAUUAACAAGGUCAUUCAAAAGGCUAAUUAUACUUUUUCUUUUGUGGACAAGCUAAAAACUUUAUCUGAAACACUGCUGAAAGUGUCCAGCCUUUUCCAGAGAAGUGGAAACAGUCCGAUGUUCACCCAACUGCAGGAAGCUCUAGGAAACAAAUUUAUAAGAAACUUUGUAGAAAGCCAGUUGCACAUUGAUGUGGACACACUUACUGAGAAACUCCAGACAUAUGGAGGGAUGCUGGACAAGAUGUUUAACCAUGCAGAGGCUGGACACUUCCGUUUCUUGGGCCGUGUCUUGGUCAACCUCUCUUCCUGCGUGGUGUUGAACCGUUUCCAUGCUGUGGAGUCUGUUGAUGCUCUGGAGACUAAAGCACAUGAACUCAUGCAGCAGAAUAAUUUUCUGGCCAGUGUUAUAUUCAACAGUUCCUUAGCCAGCAAGAACUUCAGAUCAGAGUCUCUCAAACUGCCGCCCCAUGUCACAUACACAAUUCGGACCAGUGUCUUAUACAGCAUGAGGACAGAUCUGGUAAAAAACCCUUCUUGGAAGUUUCAUCCUCAGAGUCUACCAGCUGAGGGGUUCAAAUAUAACUACAUCUUCGUCCCACUGCAAGACAUGAUUGAAAGAGCCAUCAUUUUGGUGCAGACCGGGCAGGAAGCUCUGGAACCUUCAACACAGACGCAGGCAAUCCCCUACCUGUGCCACACCAGCGACCUGUGA